GCAGUCAGAGCUCCGUAUUUCACCUGCUCUGCCCACUGACACUGUGGUAUGUUCCGGACUUUCCACUCCUCUUUCAAACAACAGUGACAUAUCUGCGGGCCAUAUUUUUUUUUUUUUUUACAGUCCAGACCGAGUUCAGCCUCUCAUUCCUACAAGACCUCCAGAGGUUUUCCCACAGAAACACAGCGCUGCUUUUUUUUUAUCAGGAUGGAUCCCGCUGCUCUCCUGUUCCUGGCUCUGCUGAGCGCCGCCGGGACGCUUCUCGAAGUUGGGGCUACAGAAGGUGUGACUGCCGUGUAUGGAGCGGUCAUUGUUGUACCAUGCAACGGUGGAGCUCCGGCACCAGAGGAUCUGAUGUUCGUCAAGUGGAAAUACGAGAAAGAUGACGGCACUCCUGGCGAUCUGUUGAUCAAACAGGCCCGCAGCGACCAAGCCACAGUUCAGGCCACGGAUGAUUACGCCGAGCGGGUCAGCAUUGAUGACAAGUUCAGCCUGCUCAUCACCAAUGCCUCGCUCAAAGACCAAAAGAUCUUCACUUGCAUGAUGGUGUCGGUCUCCAACCUCAUGGAGUACCCCAUCCCUGUCGUCGUUUACAAGAAACCGUCUUCAGUUCAGAUUAUGGACAAGUCUGGAGUACUGCAGAAGAACAAGACGACCACGGUGGGAACAUGUGUUGUGACCGAUGCAAACCCUGCAGCUACAAUCACAUGGACAAAGAAUGGAAAGCUCCUGGUAGCGGAUGGGAAAGCCGUUGUGAUCAACCCGAGCAUGAAGCUGGAUCCAGCCACAGGCCUGUCAACCACCUCCUCCACCCUCCAGUAUGCAUCUUCGAAGGAGGACGCUGUGGCAGUCUUUGCCUGUGUGUCCACACAUAAACUGGGCAGUCAGAACACAGAGCUGGAGCCCUUUCCCAUUCACUAUCCCUCAGAAAAGGUGAGCCUCCAAAUUAUGUCCAAGGGACCCAUUGUAGAAGGAGAUAACGUGACGCUGAAGUGCCACGCUGAUGGUAACCCCCCACCCAGCUCCUUCAACUUCCACAUCAAGGGCCAGAAAUUGCUGGUGGAAAAUUCGGACACCUACACUUUGGCCGCCAUCAGUAGAGAAGCUGGGGGUGAAUACAAAUGCUCCCUGGCUAACAACGAGAAAAUGGAGGCCUCCCAAAACAUCGUCGUUAGUUACAUGGACCUGAGUCUGACUCCCAAUGGGAAGGUUGUGAAGGCAGUAGGGGACACCUUGUUCGUGACGAUGGAGAAGAGCGCCUCGGGGGACGCUAAAGUGUCUUGGACAAAGAAUGGGAAGCCACUGAAGGAGCCGGUGUUUAGCAAGUUGACCUACGCUGAUGCAGGACUCUACAUUUGUGAGGUUUCCAUGACAGGCCUCACACGACAUCAGAGCUUUGAACUGGUCGUAGAAGGAAAGCCUGUGAUCACAAGUCUGACCAAACACCGUGCUGAUGAUGCCAAUUACAAAGUUCUGACCUGCGAGGCUGAGGGGGUUCCAGAACCCAACUUCCAAUGGAGCAUCAAUAGUACAAAUGAAGAGAGAUCCUACACUAACGGCAAGGCCACCCGUAGAAUCACUGUGAUCCCCAAGGUGAAUCUGACAGUCACCUGCAGCGUCACCAACAAGCUGGGAGAAGAUAUCAUGACCAUCAAUGUGUCCUCUGUUUUUAAGGAGGAAAAUGAGGAAAAAGGCUCUCCGGAGGAUUCAGAUGACCAGGCUAAACUCAUAGUGGGAGUGGUGGUAGGGCUCCUCAUAGGUGCUGCCUUGCUGGGACUCAUCUACUGGCUCUACAUGAAGAAUGCAAGACAAGGAAGCUGGAAAACUGGUGAGAAGGAGGUGGGGACAUCUGAGGAGAGCAAGAAACUGGAGGAGAAUCAUCACCCUGUUUAAAGGAACUCAGGCUGUGCUACAUGGGAUGACAGAGUGGGGAAGAAGCAGUUAUGGCAGCCAUGCAACAUAAA